UUUGUUUCAAUACCGGCAUGGCAGUAGCAACAUCCUCGUGUGGAUGCUUGCUGCCAUCUCGUGCUCUCAACCAUUCUGUCCGAACCAGGGGCAGUAGAGCCGUCUUUCUUCGUAGAGUAGAGUGGUCAGUCGUUUUGAGGCCGAUGCGCUCACCAGUGCUUGUGCAUUGCAGCAGUAAUGCAGCGGAGUCUACAGCAGAACCGAAGCCAAAUGACGAUGAGGAAAAUGAAGAUGACGAUGAUGAUAAGAAGGCGUUUGAAAGGCUGGAGCAGUAUAUCGAGCUAAAUCGCGGGUCUUGGAGUGGCACAUUCACGCAAUACGACUGUCUCGGCAAGGUGCUAGCGUGCAUUCCCAUCAAGCUGAGAGCGAAUGUUUACGGCAAAGGGGAGCACCUUGCUCUCUACCAAACUCUUUGCGUGAAGCAAGCAGAGUCGUCGACAUCGUUCUCUGGGGAUGCUGAGGAUGUACAAUGGCUUGAAUUCAAUCUUGCAGAUUUAGAUUCGGUGACAAUCAACCAGCGCCACCGGGUUGGAUACUUUGGCGACGAGAAAGCAUACUGUCUGUCGCAUUUGACUGCCAAGGUGCUGGACGUGGUGCUGAGAGCUGGAGUACUUGGAGAGAAUGACGACGAGGAACAAGAUUAUUUCCCGGGUGUCAAGCUUCCAUGUCGGAGGCCAGCUCUGGUUAACGAGAGCUGUAUGUUCUCGGCUAGUGGGAACAGCCGAGUUCGUGCAUUCCACGUCUUGAAUCCUCAAGGCCUGCUCGACAUGAUCGGUGUGUUCCACGAGAACAAAGACGGCGAAGCUCCGGAAUCCAUGCGGAACGAUUGUACCGGCUUGGAUCGUUUGGUUGGAGUAUGGUCUGGCCGCGCAGUCACCCAAAGAACAGGAAUGUAUGGUUCCACAAUCGCUGAGGAGUACUUGGACUUUCGGGUUGACAUGAAUGACAAGAGCGAGAUCACGCAGACAAUCUCGAGCUCCAGCAGCUCGAAUUCAGAGGCCGGGGCAACGAAUAAGCAGACGAACCUGACAGUCAAAGGCAUGGCGUCGGGUAACUUGGUGAGAUUCACAGAUGGUUUGCAGUCGACUCUCCUUCCCGGUGGAAUGUGCAUCACUGCUCCCAUCAGUGUCGGGAAUUGCGUUAAGAAGAGUCGCUCCUUCUUCCUCGAGUUUGCGUGGAUCGAGUCGCCCAACCAGCGGCGACGGAUCAUUCGGACUUACGACACGACAGGGGUGGUAGUGUCCACAACUCUGUGCAACGAGAGCAAGCAAAUUUAAGGCCGGCCCCUGUUUUAGGGUUCCUGAGA